GAUGCUGGGGCAGGGGUUCCCUGGGGCCCCACACGGUGCACGCCCAUCCCCCCCACCAUGGCACUGUGCCAUGACAUUGGAUACACAGAGAUGCGGCUGCCCAACCUGCUGGACCAUGACACCACAGCAGAAGCCAUCCAACAAUCAGCCAGCUGGCUGCCCCUGCUAGCCCGGGAAUGCCACCCUGACGCCCGCCUCUUUCUCUGCUCCCUCUUUGCACCUGUGUGCCUUGACAGGGUCAUCUACCCGUGCCGCAGUCUGUGUGAGGCUGUGCAAGCCAGCUGUGCCCCCAUCAUGGCCUGCUACGGUUACCCCUGGCCAGCCAUCCUGCACUGUGAGCGCUUCCCUACCGGUCACGGCCUCUGUGUCGCAGCCAUCUCCAACGGCUCCCGCCCCGGCCGUUCACUGCCACGUGCCAGCUGCAAGGACUGCGAGUUGCAGGAGGCCCGCUCAUCCAGGGAGGUGCUGGACACGCUCUGUACCAACGACUUUGCGGUGAAAGUUCGGCUUUCCUGGCGCAACGGGUCAUCCUCCAGCCCCUCAGACCGCGAUCUGGACUCUCGGCUAGAGGUGCUUAAGGCAGGCCCACUGCCCCCUGAGGAGCUGGUGCCAACUCUGCGACUCUGGCUGCAGCUGGAUGCCACAUGUGUGCACAACCUUCUUCGUGGAAGGCAUGCUGGGACCUAUGUGCUGAGUGGGGAGGUGCAGGACCACCGGCUGCUGGUAACCACAGCCUAUCCUUGGAGCCAGAGCCACCGAAAUCUGCAGCUGGCCAUGCGCAGGUGGCACCACCACCGGUGCCCAGAAUAGGGGCUAACGCAGGCAAGGGCUGUAGUUGCCACACAGGGUGUAUGCUCCCCUGAACACAUGUAACCUCCCAAAACCCCCAUGGAGAUUUACAGGCCAGAGUCCAGAGAAGUCCCCAGGCUGGCUUAGGAGUGGGUGAGCAGGGUGGAAGCCCAUUCCAUGGUCACAGCUAGGGGACCCUUCCUGAGCCGGCAGUGCUCUGCCUGGACAAAGGCUGGCCAGCUCCCUAGCAGUUGUGUGUGCUGGGGGCAAGAAUGCCUUACUCUUCUCCCCAGGCCUGGGAUGACAGCCUAGCUACUGCCCUACACCUCGGCAUCCCACGCUGAGUCUCAGGGCAGGCAUAAAGCCUCGGUUAUGCUCGCCCUGAGCAGGAUGCUACUUGUCAAGCCUCAGGCAGACUCAGUUACACCUGCCUGACCUUUACUGAGUCCACAGUUCUGCCAAGGAACAGGCACAGAAGGACAGAGAGGGGGUUCCUUGCAGGAAGCUACAUUAAAUUGCCUUAACUAAAAACCUGACCUGUUAGGCACACUAAAAUUCUUUCCCUAUUUCUGAGCCUUCCAUGUUUAUCCAGAGCACAGAGGUCUUAAGUAGCUGCCUGUUUUCUUAAGCUGUAAAAGGAAGUAUUUGGAAACUCUGUAAUAAAGAGGUCAUGAUUUUAAUAUAAA